CAGCAAAGCCGUUGCGCCGCCGCAUAAAUGAUCAGUACGAGCAGCAGCAUGAGGUCACAGGAGGGGCCAGCAGCAGCGGGGGGGCUGUCGCGACCCAAAAACAAUGCGAGCAGCACACAGCUGACCCCAGAUGAAAAUGAUGCCGUUUUCCGGCUCUUGGGCCGCAAGUGCCAGACCUUGAAUACUGCCGUUGUGCAGAUCUACAAGACGGAGGGAAAUGCCCAUUCCCAUUGGAAGAAGAAGUAUACGGGCGUCGUUUGCUUUGUGAAGGAUAGCGCCAUACGAUCCUAUUUUCUGCGCGCCUAUUGCCUGAUUAAAAACGAACUGAUCUGGGAGCAUGAGGUCUACGAUGGCAUACAGAUUGUCAAGUCGCGACCCUUUCUACUUACCUUCGAGGGCAGCGACGGUAAUGUGGGCUUGAACUUCAUCUCGGAAGAUGAAUGCGAUUCGUUCUUUCGCACGAUGGACGCCACAAUUGAGACACGCAAUCGGAAGCGCUUGGAAAAGCGAUCCCGCCAGAAAUCGCAACAGGCGCCCAAUGUACCAAUGCCGCCUGUACCGCGAGAGCCAGCGCGUCCGCCUGCCAUGCAGGGCAAGAUGAGCACGACGUCGACGGCGGCGGAUAGCGGUGCUGUGCAGCUGCGCAACAAUAAGAUCAGUUCGGUUAGGUUAACGCCAGCACCAGCGCCGGCGCCCACAAAGAACUUCUUGUCCAGCAACUUUGGACUGAGCGGUUCGGCGGGCAAAAAUAAGAAGCCCAAGGUGACCAAAAAGGACAUUAGCACACCAAUGAAUUUCGUGCACAUCAGCCAUGUCGGCUGGGAUGCGGACAAGGGUUUCGAUCUGACGGGCAAUGAGAGCGACGAGAUGCUCACCAAGUUCUUUGCCAAGGCAGGCGUUUCCGAAACGCAACUAAACGAUCGGGAUACGCGUGCCUUCAUCUAUGACUUUAUACAGAGCAAUAAUGUACUGGCCUCGGUUAAGCAGGAGGAGAUUGAAUCGCCAACGGAAAGUGAACCAGCGCCCACAACACAUAUGCCGCCGCCGGUGCCCAGUCGUCAUCCCCAUCAUUCAACAAAUGGCAACCAAAGAUCUGCACCACCGCCACCACCGGCGCGGCAGCAGCCUACCCCAAUGGCAACGGUAGCAACGCGCGCACCUCCACCACCCAGCAGACCGCCACCCAUUAAUAUGGCACCGCCGCCACCACCACCAUCAGCGGUUUGUCCACCAGCAGCAGCGCCGCCGCCACCACCGCCGCCAGCACCACCAGCGGUAGCGCCGCCGCCACCUCCGCCACCCCCACCCAUGCCCGUGGCGGAGAUGCCAAUCAUCCCAGCGACGCAGGCUACAGCUCAGGCGAGCAAAGCCCAGGCGCCGUCAGCAGAGCCAGAUGCGCGCAAUGCGCUAAUGGAUGCCAUACGCAAGGGCAAACCGUUAAAGUCAGUUGAGCCUGUAAGCACGAGCAGCAGCAGCAGCGAUCCCCGUAACGAUCUGUUGGGUCAGAUACGCGGAGGCUUUGCUCUCAAGCCAGUGUCGGAACGUGUACUGUCCGAUCAGGCCAUGGAAGGCAGAACGGCCCAAAAGUCUGAUGCUUUGGCAGAUGCACUGAAUGCUGCACUUAAGGCACGUGCCGCAGUCAUUCAGUCGGACGACGAAGAGGAAGGAACUUCUUCGGACAACGAUGAAUGGUCCGAUUAGAUUAUCAAAUCUAUAGUGGUGACUCGAGUUGAUCGAUGAUGAUGUGUGGCAAAUAUUAUUCCAAAUAUAAGCAAUAAUUUAAUUAUGAUCUAUCGCCAUCGAUAAAUCGCUGUAAAUACUGUUUAGUGAAUUUUCAUACCUCUUUAAUUUAACAUUAAUCUAUUAUAAACGAACAAAAAGAAACACAAACAAAACAAUCUAACUAAUUAUUACAAGUAUGCACAGUAUAAACAGCAUAAUGCUACGUAUUGUUUUUUCAAGUUCAUCUAUGCAUAUCCACCCUUCAAUUGCUCAAAAAUCAAAUUCAUAAUCAAAAAGAAAAAGGAAAAUUACUUAAAUUAUUACAAUAAAAACAGCAAUAAUAUUUAUGUACAUACAUAGGAAUAUGUAUCAUGUGUAUUGCCACAACAAUAAUCGUAAACU